AUGAGCUUCUCAGUGACUGAGUUGGUAGAGACAUCUCCUCGGUAUGCUGAAUUGAAGAAGAGAUUAUCCGGGUAUAAGCCCGGAUCUGAUGAGUACCUUCGCGCGCUGAUGGAUACUUUCCCACUGUCUAACCACCCAGACUAUAGAAAGUUCCUGCAGGCGCAGGCUGUUCCUGUGCCAGGAUCACAGGCGAAGGGGUUCAGUCCAGUUUACAGAAGUAUUCUGUCUACCGAACGUUUAGUCACGUGUAUGGAUAAAAACCUAGCAACCUACUAUGACUACUUUCUAUUCAGCGCUAGGAACUGGCCAGAUAACGAUUGUCUAGGUCGUAGGCCUUACAAUGACGAAAAACAAGAUUGGGAGCAGUACUAUGAAUUCGACUCCUACCAGCGGACUUUAGAACGGUCCCAGGCACUGGGUAGUGGUAUUAUGACUUUAGUCAAUACCAAGAGACGUCGGAAAUUAACAGACAACAAGGAUUUAAUUGUGGCCAUCUUGUCUCACAACCGUCCAGAAUGGAUAUUGACUGAUUUGGCAUGCCAGGCAUACUCCUUACCGAACACUGCGCUUUAUGAAACUUUGGGACCAGAAACCUCAGAGUACAUAAUGAAUUUAACCGAGUCCCCAAUUUUAAUCUUUGCCAAGUCGAAUAUGUACAAUGUUUUGAAGAUUUUACCUCAAUUGAAACAUUUAAACACUUUAGUGUGUAUAGAGGAUUUGAGCGAUGAAGAGCUGCACAUGCUAAAUACGUCCUCUCUACCAAAUGCCACUAAUGCAAAUGGGGAGAAAAUCUCAGUACAUACACUUUCCCAGGUCGAAAAAUUGGGCGCUUUGAAUAAGAUCCCAAUUAUUAAACCCAAACCGGAUGACUUAUAUACGAUCUCUUUCACUUCUGGUACAACUGGUCUACCAAAAGGUGUUGAAAUGAGUCAUACUAAUAUCGCCUCUGGGCUAGCCUUUGCCUUCUCUACAUUUAGAAAGAAUCCAGAUAAGGCCCACAGACAACUUUAUGACUUAUGUUUCUUGCCAUUGGCACAUAUCUUUGAAAGAAUGAUUUGUGCGUAUGAUUUGGCCAUUGGUGCAGGUUUAGGUUUCUUACAUAUCCCUGAUCCUUCAGCGCUGGUGGAAGAUUUAAAGAUCUUGAAACCUGACAACCUAGCACUCGUCCCACGUAUUUUAACUCGGUUCGAAGCUGGUAUCAAGAACUCGUUUGAUAAAUCGGCUGUUAGUAGAGCCAUUUCAGGAACGAUUGUGAAUGCUAAGAUCAACAGGUACUCAACUAAGGCUGGUCCAGAUGACUCUCUGGUUAACUCUCUCAUUUACAAGAAAGUCCUGAUUAACAAAGUUCGCGAACAACUUGGUCUCUCCAGAACUGACUUUAUGGUUACGGGUUCAGCACCAAUUGCCAAAGAGACCUUGUUGUUUUUGAAGAGUUGCUUAGAUGUUGGUGUUAGACAAGGGUACGGACUUACUGAAUCUUUUGCUGGUAUAUGUAUCAGUGAACAAGAUGAGAAAGACGUAGGCUCUUGUGGUCCUAUUGGUAUAUCUGCUGAAUGUAGAUUAAAGUCUGUUCCUGAUAUGGGAUAUGAUGCGGAGAGGGACCUGAAAGGUGAGUUGCAACUUCGUGGUCCUCAAAUAUUUGACAGAUAUUUCAAGAAUCCAGAUGAGACGAACAAGGCUAUCGAUAAGGACGGCUGGUUCUCAACUGGUGAUGUUAGCUACAUUGACAAGAAGGGACGUUUACAUAUUAUUGACCGUGUCAAGAACUUCUUCAAACUAGCACACGGUGAGUAUAUUGGCCCUGAAAAGAUUGAAAACACUUACUUAUCGUCUUCUCCAUAUAUCACUCAAGCAUUUGUGUAUGGUAACUCGCUGCAAAAUUUCUUGGUUGGUAUUUUGGGAUUAGAUCUAGAGUCCUUAAGACCUCAAUUGAUGCACUCCCACCCAGAAAUAAAGUCCUGGACGGAUGAGAAAUUAUUGGACCAAAUUAACUCGGACAAAAAGUUAAGACUUGUCUUGUUGCAAUUAAUUAACCGAUCUUGUGUUGGAUUACAAGGUUUUGAAAAACUUCAUAAUAUCUACGUUGGAUUAGAACCAUUAAAGGUAGAAGACGAUGUCGUAACACCAACAUUAAAGAUAAAAAGACAAAAGGCUUCCAAAUUUUUUAAGGAUAUUCUUGAUGAUCUCUACAAAGAAGGCUCUGUUAUAAAAGCUCAAAAACUGUAA